UUUCCAGCCCAGACAUAAAAAAUGCCCUCUGCGUGUACACAGCCGGUUGGCUGCCAUGAAGUCAGAUGCAUUCCGCUGUCGUACAACCAUGCUGACUCGCAGGCUUCGGCUUUGAGGCUCGUCUUGACUGUCAACCCGCACUGGAAGGAUGCUCAAGGUAGAAUUGAGUUCGUUCGCUUCACCGAUGGAAUUACCAAUACGCUGUUGAAAAUCACUCUUCGGGCUCCUGGCUUGUCUGAAGAAGAGAUUGAUAAAGAGGCAGUGUUGAUGAGGGCGUAUGGAAAUAAUUCUGAAAUCAUCAUAGACAGAGAACGGGAGACAAAAUCCCAUGCCCUUCUGGCCUCUCGAGGACUUGCUCCACCUCUUCUAGCCCGCUUCUCGAAUGGGCUCUUAUACCGCUUUAUUCGCGGACAAGUAGCAUCUCCUGAUGAUCUCACCAAUCCUGCCAUCUGGCGCGGAGUUGCUCGUAGGCUUGGCCAAUGGCAUGCUGCUCUGCCCAUCAGUGAUGUGCCCUCUGAUGCACUAAACCUGGGUUCCGGAGACGGUGAUACUCUUUCCCUGGCCUCAAGCGACUCUGAGUCCAAACCGGUUCAGGAAUCGACCUCCGCUGCAGAUGACAUCAUACCCAUCAGCACCCGUCUCGAAGGACCGAACCUGUGGGCGACACUGCAGAAGUGGAUUCUAGCCUUGCCAAAGAGCACGGAACAGGAACGUACUCGACGAAAGAACCUCCAGAAGGAAUACGAGAGGAUUGUCGCCGAGUUUGAUGAUGGAUCCGGCCUAGGCGAAGAAGGGAUGGUCUUUGCACAUUGUGAUCUUCUAAGCGCAAAUGUCAUCAUCCAGCCUCGACCAAAGGAGUCGACUCUGCCAGAAGGCUCUGCUGAGACAGUUGAUUUUAUUGACUACGAGUACGCUACCCCUUCGCCAGCAGCAUUUGACCUAGCAAACCAUUUCGCUGAGUGGGCCGGUUACGACUGCGAUUACUCGAGGCUACCAACCCGAUCCGUUCGUCGAAAAUUCAUCGAGGAAUACGUCGAUAGUUUCAGUCAACAUAGUGUGCUCCCGGAGUCCAAGAAGGCGGCGGUUGACAACCUCUUUGCCGAUGUUGAUCGUUAUCGUGGACUCCCCGGAUUUUACUGGGGCGUAUGGGCCUUGAUCCAAGCAACCAUCUCCAGAAUUGAUUUUGACUACGCUUCCUACGCGGAGGAGCGUCUUGGAGAGUACUGGGCUUGGAGAAAUGAGCAAGACAGCUCUCGCUCCAAGGCCGGUGAGAAGAAGCCUCUUCGUGAACAACGCUGGGCCCAAGAGGCGUAAA